UGAUACCUAGGUAUCUAGUAAUGAGGAAAGAAAGUGCGAUUCGAGGUUACAAGCCGUUUUCGCCUCAUACUCCCUAAUGGCCUUUAAGACUAACUCAUUUUGAUCCUGUCAUUCUCAUGACUUUGCUGUUUUGGAAAGCUCUUUUUAUCGGAAUGAGCGCAUCAGAAUUUAAGGUGUGGUCUGUGCAGUUUUCGCUACCAGAUCACAUCUCGGAUUAUCGAAACUUCCGGCCAAAGCACCUGGCAUGCGACUCACCGUCGCAAAGGAUAUAACUCGAGGUCAAUCAGCUCUCGACUUAGCACGUUAACUUUUACUGUAGGUAUUUUCCUCAAAGGUGAAGGCACUUUCAAUCGCAAGUCAACUUUGUUUCGUCAGCUUCACUCAUUGAUAGCACGGGCGUCUUUCAACCUUACCAAACACGAACUCAAGUUCUUCGCGUGAUAUGGCUUCAAGGCCUUCACGAACAGUCGCAUCUAGGAUACCUAUUACGAAGCAUUGCAUCAUCGAUCAAGAUGUCAUCAAGCCAACCCCAAGUAAACGGGGUUCCUGCCUCAUCGGCAAGCACUUCGCAACCAUUACCAAGCACACAAACCACGGCGGCCGCUUCUAGCCAAACUGCUGCUGCAGCCUCACAGAACGCACCUCCUCCAGCGCCAUCAACAACCGCCCCUCGACCGCGCGACUCAAGGCUUAUCGAACUACUGCUCACAUCGCAAGGCGUCACCGCUUAUGAGCCACGCGUUCCCCUCCUCCUUCUCGACUUCGCCUACCGCCAUACCUCAUCUGUUCUUAGCGAUGCGCUACAUCUUUCCGGCGACCCAUAUGUCACACAAGCCGGCUCCAAACCAUCAGCAAAUGCUGGAGCAAUCUCAGCACCUGCAGGCGACGCUGCAGUCACCGCCAAUGCCGUUAAGCUCGCCAUCGCUGCGCGACUCAGCUAUCAGUUCCGCGGAGGAAACGCAGGCGGGGGGAUUAGCAAAGAUUACAUGCAAGAACUUGCGCGCGAACGCAACAAGGUAGCACUGCCUAAAAUUGUGCCCAGUGAAUGGGGUGUGCGACUACCAAGCGAACGAUUCGUCCUGAGUGGCACAAGUUGGGGACUGAAGGAUGUAUGGGAUGAAGAGGAUGAAGAGGAAGAGGAACAAGGAGGUGAUGCCAUGGAGGGCAUUGAGGGUCCCGAGCCUGAAGAUAUCGGCGGAGAUGGGGUUGAGGGUGGGACAGUAGAGGAUAUGUUUGGUGAGGAUGUCGACGAGGAGAUGGCUGAGGAGGGCUAGGUGUCCGUCUUUUCAUCUAAUCAAUGAUCAUGACACAAUGCAUUCUAAUUCAAGGAAGACAAUAGACGCUACCUCGGAAGCACUACAGAUACUAUACGACAAAAUUGCAAUUAGCUACUGAUGGCAGUACAGUCAAGGCACAAUUAGCACAACUCCGUGUUACCUAGCAUGAACAGAGGAAAUCUUAUGGUACACUAGGCCUGUAAACGGUAUCUCAUACACUCUAUACCCUUAUUUCGAUUUUCACAAUCUCAUCAGCCCUCUCUUCUUCAAAACUUGGGCUUCAUGGUGUUGCGAA